AUCAAAUCAUCGUUCCCAAAUAGUAUCGUCUCGCGGCGUCGCGCUCGUUCUUCUCCAUGUUCACCGGACGGCGACCAUCGCCGGCGAAUCUCGUGUCUCUAUGGCAGUGAGAAUUUCUGGCAGAUACAUCCGCAGGCUAUCAACUAGUGGAAAAUUCCUCAGCCAGGAGAAGGCCUCCGGAAAUGUCUAUACUAAGGUAAAUAGCUUUGAUUGUCACAAAGGCGAAGAACCAGAGGAACAUCGCAGGCGAAAUGACCGAGAACUAAAGGAGAAAGGAAAGCCUUCUAUCGGUUCUCCAGCUCGUAUCCAAAAAUUGAUAGCCUCCCAAUCAGAUUCACUCCUAGCUAAAGAAAUCUUCGAUUUGGCAUCCCGACAGCCUAAUUUCCAGCAUUCGUAUUCUACCUUCUACACCCUUAUACUCAAACUAGGCCGUAGUCACCACUUCUCGUUGAUGCAAGCCGUGUUAUCCAGCCUCAAGCUCCAUAACUUCUCUGUUUCUCCAUCUUUGUUCACUCACAUAAUCCGCAUAUACGGCGAUGCAAAAAUGCAUGAUAAAGCUCUCAGGACUUUCUACACGAUUCUUGAAUUCAACAUGAAGCCUCGUACGAAGCAACUCAACUGCAUCCUCGAGAUCCUAGUUGACGAGCGCAAGUUCAUCCGUCCUGCAUUUGAUCUCUUCAGAUCUGCUCAUAAAUAUGGAGUCAACCCCGACACGAAGUCCUACAACAUUAUGAUGAGAGCUUUUUGUUUGAAUGAUGACUUGAGCAUUGCAUACUCUUUGUUCAAUCAAAUGUUUAAGCGGGAUCUUCUUCCUAACGUUGAAUCGUACAGGAUUCUGAUGCAGGGAUUGUGUCGGAAGAGUCAGGUGAACACGGCUGUUGAUUUACUCGAGGAUAUGCUGAACAAAGGGUUUGUUCCAGACACAUUAAGCUACACAACUCUGUUGAACAGUUUGUGUAGGAAGAAGAAGCUUAAGGAGGCGUACAAGCUUCUGUGUCGAAUGAAAGUGAAGGGGUGCAAUCCCGACAUUGUCCACUACAAUACUGUCAUUUUGGGGUAUUGUAAAGCAGGCCGAGCUGCGGAUGCUUGUAAGAUUCUAGAGGACAUGCUGGCGAAUGGGUGUAUGCCAAAUUUGGUGUCGUAUCAGAACAUAGUCGGGGGAUUAUGCAAUCAGGGGAUGUACGGGGAGGCAAGGACUUAUAUCAAAUUAAUGAUGUCGAAAGGAUUUUCUCCUCAUUACUCGAUUGUUCAUCAUCUAGUUAAAGGCUUUUGUAACAUCGGCAACACAAAGGAUGCGGGUGAAGUGUUGGUUGAGACAUUGAGGGUUGGAAUUUGUCCUCACGCCGACACAUGGGUUGAGGUUUUACCUAGGAUAUGCGAGGCAGAUUCUACUGAAGCAAUGGACAAUGCUUUAAAGCGGGUUUUGGAGGUGGAGAUAAAACCCGAAACAAAAAUAGUAGACAUAGGCGCUGGGUUGGAGCAAUACUUGAUCAGAAAGAUACAAAGUAGAUCGACAGCAAGAUGAUCAUUAUGUAACAUACCCAUCAGGUUCUUGAGACAUCUACGUGAACGGGUGCUUCCCAAAUUUAGCGUCUUAUCUCAAUAAACAGGCUCAUAUCCAGUUUGCCUACUAAGUUUUGGAGAUGCGGUUAAAGAUCAAGAAAAGAGUCAGCAAAGAUCAAUAAGAACAAGAUCAUUAUGGAACACAAUGAUAGUAAACUUCAGACAGCCUUUAUCAGGUACAAUCCCUUGUCCAAUUCUUCAAA